AUGGACAAUCCAGAAUCUUUAUCGGAACUAUCUGCCUUGGUGGAGCGAACCCUUGUGGACACGGGACGACUAUUUAGACAAUCAGCCUCUAUACCCACAGUCGCCCAUCUUCAACGCUCCAUCCCUUUAUAUCAUGAGAGCUUCCAGGAAGCUCUAGACAAUCUUUCAGAGCAAAUAUUUAUUGCCAAGGCAUUCCUGGAAAGGGACUACGAGGCUAUCAAGGCCCGAGAGGUCGUACCACAAUCUACAAAAGAUGUAGUCAUGGGGGGUGUAGACCAGAUCCUUGAGACACAAUCGCCCAAUGCUCACAUAAAAGAUGUGAGCGCAGAGCCUGGCGUUGAAGCCAAGAUUGAAGAUUCAGCAUCAGUGGAUGUAUCUGCAGAGGUAUCAGAUCCUAUCAAAGCCGAACCAACACGCGAACCAAGUGAAGACGUCAAAGUGAAAGAAGAAAGCGGUGUCGAUAGCACAGCGCAAUUGGACCAAACAUUCACAGACGAUGGAAUCAAUUUCGACUCCGUUCUAAACGACCAGGGGUCUAAUUCCUUCCAUCUGAGUCUGGACUUUGGGGAUGACGAUGUGGAAAAUCAAGCUUUUCUCUCAGGAUCGGCAUUUGGCAACACUAGCAACGAUAAACCUGAUGCGGUACAACAAUCAGCAGGACCCACCACGACUACAACCGAUAUCCCUGCUGGCGGGGGUGCAUUUGACAUGGAGCUCUCGGCAACGGGUGACUCUAGCGCAUUUCCCGAAGGAAAUAGCAUGGAUGAUAUGCUAGGCCCUGGUGAAUCAAGUUUCGAUGACUUGUUUAUGGAGAACGAAAACCUCGAUAGCGGCACAGGUGAUUUGAAUCAGCUGGAAGGGGAUAGCUUGAUGAAUAUUAGUGAGCUCGACGACAACUGGUUUGUCUGA